GAAGUGGCGGCUGAUCUCGGUCCGCACCUUUUCCGGUAACACAGCACCGCCACCGCCGUGACUGAACGGCUCGGGAAGAGAGAGAGAGAUCGAGAAAGAAAGAGAGAGAGAGAGAGGGAGGAAGAGAGCGGCAAGAGAGUGGAGAAACGACCGGGGCAACUGGGGGAUGAUUGCCGCAGUCGUGAGGGGGUAGAGAAGAAGAAAGUCGGAUGAAUCAAUGACCUUUUGAGAAAAAAAGAAAAAAGCGCUUUCUUUUUCUGGAUGUCCCGCUGCAGAAACGGACCCGGGAUUUUACGUCUGGGUGUGUUUUUUUGAGCAGAAAAAUAUAUAUAAAGAAGAAGAAAACAAAUAACCCACCACCGUGCUUUAAAAAAAAUCAAUCGACUGGGAUUGGCUGAGGGCAAGUGUGGACAGCCGGCAGCCGAAGGAGGAAGUGGGAACCCCGGGCUCGGACUGGGCCUGAUUUGUAGAGCGGGGUUUUGUUUUUUUUCGCCGAAAGGAAGAAGAAAAGAAAAAAAGAAAAAUCCUCUCUGUGUCAAGUCAACGGAAUUUUUUUUGGGACUGCGAAGAAAAAAACUUUGAAAUGUGGAUUUUUUUGAAGGAAGUCUGUGCUCGACGUUGCUAGUUUUGGGGAUGUAAUAUUGUCUUACUUGAUUGGAUGGCAGUGGAUCAUACACAUAUAUCUCGACAAUAUUACGAAGGCACACACACACACACACACACACUGCUCCUGUUGAAUGCUCAUAUUAUCGGACACCAGCUAAUUGCAGUGUCCGUUAUCCGACUGUGAAAGUCACCGCCUUUUGAGUUUGAGUGUUGACACUCGUGACGUCACGUGGAGGGCACAACUUUCUUUCCCCCAUAAGACGAGUCUUUUUUUUCUUCUUUUUUUCUCCCUCUUUCUUCCAAAGUAUUUAUGCACAGCAAACAAGAUGGGCAAAAUGAUCUCAAAGAUCUUUGGCAACAAGGAGAUGAGAAUAUUGAUGCUUGGACUUGAUGCCGCCGGUAAAACCACCGUCCUGUACAAGCUGAAACUGGGACAGUCGGUCACCACCAUCCCCACGGUCGGCUUCAACGUGGAGACCGUCACCUACAAGAACGUGAAGUUCAACGUGUGGGACGUCGGGGGACAGGACAAGAUCCGGCCCCUUUGGAGACAUUACUACACGGGCACCCAGGGCCUCAUUUUCGUGGUGGACUGCGCCGACCGGGACAGGAUCGACGAGGCGAAGCAGGAGCUCCACCGGAUCAUCAACGACCGGGAGAUGAGGGACGCCAUCAUCCUGAUCUUCGCCAACAAACAAGACCUCCCCGACGCCAUGAAACCCCACGAGAUCCAGGAGAAGCUGGGCCUGACCCGGAUCAGAGAUAGGAAUUGGUACGUUCAGCCCUCGUGUGCGACCACGGGGGAUGGACUAUACGAGGGCCUGACCUGGCUCACCUCAAAUUACAAAUCCUAAUGUUGCUCCCCUUCACCAGCCUGGACACUUGGAUGCACACAAAAAACAAAAACAAAAAAAUCAGAAAAAGUAGCUGAGAAUGAAAAGUUGAAAUGAGUAAUAAAAAAAAGCAAUCUGAAGCAAUUAAUACCACGAACCUCUCUGCUGAGUGUAUAACAAAGAGAGUAGCAAUUAUAUUUUUGGUUUCUUUUUUUCAUAAUGACGACUUCAAUAUAACCCCAGAUUUCAUUUAAGCAAAACACACUUCUUUUUUUUGACUUUCUUUCUUUGCUUUGGUUCACAUUCUGUAUAAUCAGUUUUAAAUAUACAAUGCGCUUACUUUUGAGCUCUUCCUUUUCUUAAAUUUUUAUAUAAUUUGUUUUCGGGGUCUUUUUGGGGGACGCACAUUUCUACGUUUUGGGCCCCCCCGCUUAGCUCUUAUCCAGUAUUCUCAUGACCCAGCUGCAUAUCCAAAGGAUGGGGCAACUCCAGACACCAUUGCCUAUACAUCAGCAUAUCACCUUCUGUAAUUUGAAUGAAUGUGUAUUAUGGACGUGUUGGGACCUAAAGAAAAAAAGUCUACAUUGAUUGUAUUGGGAUGGUUGGUGAAGGAAAUGUGUUCGUACUUCUUUCCUGUGCCGUGAUCACGUCACACACACACACACUGUGAUAUGGAUAUAUGUUUUUGAUGUUUCAGGGUCUGAAUUAUUUCCCACCAUUUAUAACCGCCUCCUCUGUUUCUCCCAGAGCUUCCUUUACUCUUGAGUAUUUGUAGUUUCAGCUGCCUUAGGAGGCACCCGGGUUACAGGUGCCCCCCAAAAAAGACAGGAGGUAUUCUCAACUGCUGAGUUUGCACUUUGGGAGAGAGUUACCAACGAGUUGACUGUGCACAUUUAGAUUAUCUGUGACUGACUUUUGGACCUCGGCAAAUGUUUACGAACUUCCCCCACCCCACCAUCUCCAAUGUAGAUGCUCCAGUGACUGCAACCCUGUUCUUCGUUUCUUUAGGGUCAUCAUUAUCUUCAUCAUCAUUAUAUUCCUGUUUAAGGUCCUAUGUUGGUAGUUCAUCUGUUUAAUUUUGGUUUUUUUUGCUCCCCUUUUUUUGUUGCUAUGCUGAUGAAAUAAUAAAAAAAUAUAUAUCCAGAUCAGAA